AUGGCCGUGCCGGCCGCCCCGUCGUUCUGGGGCAGCCGCAGCCGCGCCCUGGAGCAGCAGCUGGUGCGGCGGCGGGAGCAGGAGGCCCGCCUGCGCCGGCAGUGGGAGCUGCACAGCCGCUCCUUCCAGCAGUCCGGGCUGCGCAGCCGCAAACAGGCCGAGUGGAGCUCGCGCCGCUCCUUCCAGCAGAGCAUGGAGGCGCACGGCCGGGAGCGGCUGAAGGCGGAGGCGGCGGCGGGCCUGGAGCGGCGGCGGCUGAGGCUGCGGGAGCUGCUGUGGCGGGAGCGCGAGGGUCUGGCGGCCGAGCUGCGGGGGCUGCGGACCGGCGGGGAGGCCGAGCUGGAGGAGAAGCGGCAGCGGAGCCAGGAACUGCGCUCGGCCAGGGAGGAGCGGCGGAAGCAGGUGGCGGAAGAUCGUCUCUACGACUGCUGGAGGAAGAGCAGCGCGAAGCUCCGAGAGGUGAGCUCGGAGCUGCACAAGAAGCAGGUGGUGGAGGCCUGGGGGGACCAGCUGGCGCUGAAGCAACAGCGAGAAGCGGCCGAUCAGGAAGAGAAAGUCCGCUCUGAGAACCAGUACGAGAGAGCCCGCAGAGAAGCCCUGGAGCGGCUGAAGCAGGAGGAGCAGCGCAGGAAGCGGGAGGAGGAGAAGCAGGCCGAGAUCCUGCGGCAGCAGAUGGCGGAGCUCCAGCUGCGGGACGUGGAGGCCACCAAGCUGAAGGAGGAGGAGGAGACCCUGCUGAAGCAGCAUUGGGAGCUGCAAGCCCUGGAAGCUGAGCGGAAGCUGAAGGAUGAGCAGCGGAAGAAGGUGGAGCUUGGGCGCUUUCUGAAGCAUCAGGUCCAGGCGCAGCUGAGGAAACGGGCUCAACAGGUCCAGGAAGAGUUGGAGAAGGACAGGCAGAUCCUCCUGGCCCUGUCCAACGAGGAUGAGGAGGACCAGCGCCUGAAGUCCACCCGGCGGGAAGAAGCCGUGGCCGCAGUCGCCUGGAUGAAGGAGGUCAUUGAAGAGCAGCUGCAGCUGGAAAGAGAACGAGAGGCGGAGCUGGAGACCAUCUUCAGGGAGGAAGCCAGGCAGGUUUGGGAGAAGCGAGAGGAAGAAUGGGAGAGAGAGCGGAAGGCCCGGGACAGGCUCAUGGCAGAGGUCCUGGCCGAGAGGGAGCAGCAGAUCCAGCAGAAGAUGGAGCACAACCGGCAGGCCCAGCAGGACUCCGUCAGGUUCCGGGAGCAGCUGAUCCAGCAGCUAGAAGAGGCCAGGCAGCUGACGCAGCGGGAACAAGAGGCGGCAGUUGAGCGGAAAACUGCCCGCAAGCAGGAGCUGCAGGCCCAGCUCACGGAGCGGCAGCGGCAGCAAGAGGAGGAGCUCCAGCGCCAGCAGGAGGCAGCCACAGAGGCCCGGGUGCGAGAAGAGCAGCACCAGCAGCUGGAGGAGCUGGAGGCCAGGCGCAUGGUGGAAGCCGGCUAUCGCAACAAGUGCCACAGCUACCCCAAAGCUGCCUGGAGCUAAAGAAGAUUCUGCAUUCGGGGUCUGGGUGGCCGAGAACCUCUUUGCCAGCUGCUUCCUGCAGUACCGACAGUCUGCUUGGAGCCAGCAGGGAUGCUAGGAGGCGAAGAGGGGUGGACUGGUUCUGCCUUCCCCCCCACCCCACCCCCAAGGAGCAGCUGCUACCUGGUGGCUGCUGCCCCUGCCAAAGCAGGACGGAAGACGAUGGGCGGGGUGCUUAGAGGGUCAAUAAAGUGCUAUUUUUUCUUUUUUAA